AUGAAGGAAUACAGCGUCUAUAACAUUGCGGUGGUAUGCUUUGCGGCGUUUGGGUCCCUCUUCACGGGAAACUCGUUCGCCGUGUUUGCGUUUACGAUCGGCCAGCCGACGUUUUACACCUCGCUCGACCUCGAGAGUGACAGCUCAGCGCCCGGGUACAGCUACACAAACGACAUCACCGGGGCCGCUAACGGGGUCUUCUUCGGCAGUGGUUUCUUUGGCUGCUUCCUUGCCGGCUGGGCGGCCAUCCGGUUUGGACGGGUGAACGGCUUCCGCAUCGCAGCAACGACGGGGAUGAUUGGGGGCGCGCUCCAGUGCGGGUCGCAGUCGCCAGCCAUGUUUCUGGUUGCCAGAGCGGUGGCCGGACUGGCUGCAGGCCACACGAUGGCGGCGAUGCCGACGUACUUUGCCGAAGUCUCUCCGCCUCAGUCCCGCGGACUGAUCACCGUGCCGGAAAGCCCCCGGUUUCUGGUCCAGCGCGACGACCACCAAAAGGCGCUGGAAGUGUUGCUCCGCCUGCACCACAGCGCCAGCGACCCGGACAACAGCUUUGCGCACCAGGAGCUGCAGAUGAUCGUAGACCGGUGCCGGGCCGAGAAGGAGGUCGUCCGCACAGACGGGCGAUGGCGACUGUUUACCAACAAGGCCAACCGUAAGCGGCUCGUGCUCGCCUGGCUGGUGAUGGUGGGCGGCCAGAACAUUGGGCCGCUGGUGAUCAACAAUUACAACGUGCGGCUGUACGGGUCGCUCGGUCUGGGCGCGACCACGUCGCUGCUCCUGUCGGCUGUCUACAACACGGUCGGCCUGAUCAUGGCCUGCUUUGGCGGCCUGAUUGCGAACCGCCUUGGUCGGCGGAAGGCUCUGGUGACGGGCUAUCUGCUGGUGACAUGUGCGUUUGCCGUCUUGACUGGGAUGAUUGGAAAGUACAACACUACACCGACCAAAGGAUGGGCUGCUGCUGCCACGACAAUGGUCUACAUCUACGUGACAUGCUACAACUGCUUUGUCGAUCUAAUCCAGUUCACCCUUGCCACGGAGAUCUUUCCGACCCAUAUCCAAAGCCAGGCAUCAGCGACCGGUGGUUGGUCUCUGGAAGAGAUGGAUCGGGCGAUCGACGGCGACGUCAAAUCAGACGAGAAUGAGAAGAACGAAUGGGAGCCAACACAUGUCGAGGGGGGUGAAAAGAGCGGUUAG